AUGACUGCACCGUCUUUUACACCCUCGUCGGCGUUCCUCGAGCUCGUCGCGACGUCGUCACUCAACUACCGCGAGUGCGCGCUGCUGGGGCUCAUGGCGCUGAUCUCGCACGAACCCACCUCGAACAAUAACAACGUCCUGCUGGACGAGUACAUCGCGACGGCGCUGCACUACGGCGCGACCGAGUCCGAGAUCCAGAACGUCGUCUUCCAGUCCAGCUUCAGCGUCGGGGCGGCCAGGGCUGUGGUCGUGCGGGCCCGCGUCGAGGCCGCCCUCAAGUCGUCGCUCCGCGGCCGGCUGCACCAUCUAGAGACGGAGCUGUUGGUGGGAGAAGCAUCCGGAGCGCACAAGACGGUGGUGCGCGACUCGGAUCCCUCCAACACGAGCGUCGUGCCCAUCGUGCUCAUCCAUGCCUUGGGCUUGGAUCGCAGGAUGUGGGACGCUGUCUUCGCCAGCCUUGCCGCGAGCAGGAGUGGCACGGACCAGAACAGUCCGCCGCGUGUCAUCUCCUACGAUCUGCGAGGCCACGGGUACGCGGCCCACGCGCCGUCGGCGCAGUCGCUCACCCAGCUUGCGGCCGACCUGAACAGUCUACUCGAGGCACUGCAGAUCCCCCGGGCGGAUGUCUACGGACAAUCCUACGGCGGGGCCGUGGCGCAGUACUUCGCGCUCGAAUACCCCCAAGCCACGCGGUCAGUCGGCCUCAUCACGACGGCAGGCGAAGCCCAGCCGUCGUGGAAAACCCGGGCGACCAGGGCCGAAGAAUCCGGCUCGGUGAUGCCGCUCCUCCCCGAAACGCUGCUGCGGUGGUUCACGCCCGAAGCCAUCGCGCGGAACGAAUGGGGUGUGCGCUACGCACGGUCGUGCGUGGAGAGAAUCUCGGUCCAGGACUGGGGGGACGCAUGGCAGUGCAUGAGCGGGCUGGACACCCUGGGUAGAAUACAGGCCGGCGGCGUCAAGUGUCCUGUGCUGCUGGUCUGCGGGGUGCAGGACAAGAGCACCGGCCCGAUGUGGAUGGCGAGGUUGAAAGAAGCGUGUGAGAAGGGCGGUAGUAGACUGGUCGUGUACAAGGAGGUCGAUCCGGGAGUGCAUAUGAUGGCGUUGGAGCAGGGCGAGGCUCUGACGAAGGAGAUAUUGGAGUUCAGGAGGGUGGUGGAUGGGGAGGGCGUGUAG